GGUUGUAGAACAAUCACUAGCUGGCAACUUUACCUGCUGAUCUAAACAAUGAUUCAUAACAGUUCAAGGGAUCACAAAGUUUACUAUCCAAAGACUGCAUCAUUUUUUCCUAUCAAAUUUUGAUUGGCCUAAUAAUGACUUACUAAGUGAUGUAACAUUUAAGGUUAAGUAGGAAAGAGCGAGGAAGUGGGGACCAAAAACACUGCCCAUACAUAGAAGGAAGGAAGUCACAUUCAAAAUUCGUAAUAAGCACAAUAAAAACAAAAUAUAAUGUAUUUAUUUAACCCUAGGUUACCAAUCACAAACCAAAUGUAGACUCUAGCUCGCACACAUCUCAAAUAGUAGCUUAAAUAAAAACCCCUUUCUCUGUAUCCAAACUUCACUUCAUCCAACUCAAAAAGAAGGAGAGAGAAGCUAGCUAUACAACAAAAGUAGGGAGAGAGAGAGAGAAACCCUACAAAAUAAAAAGGAAGAAGAGACGAAGAUGAAGAAGAUCCAGCUUGGAUUUAGUUGUUCAUCAUUACUACUCUCUUCUUGGUAGCUUCGACAACAAAACAAGAAGAAAAAAAAGGUCAACUUAAAGAUCUGAGCUCUUAGAUCCAUCAGUCUCUUCUUUAUUUUUAUCCAAUUCAUCACGCCAUCGAAUCAUACAUCAUGGAUGGAACACAAAGCUCACUCCCUCCUCCUUUCCACUCCAGAGACUUUCAGUUACAUCUCCAACAACAACAACAGCAACAGCAACAAGAGUUCUUCCUCCACCAUCACCAGCAACAAAGAAACCAAACCGAUCAAGAUGACCAACAAGGAGGAGGAUUAAACCGACAAAUCAAGAUGGAUCGUGAAGAGACAAGCGACAACAUAGACAACAUGGCUAACAACAGUGGCAGCGAAGGCAAAGACACAAACCAAGGAGAAGGAGGAAGCGGUGGCGGCGGCGGCUCAGGAGGAGAUCAGAUGACAAGAAGACCAAGAGGAAGACCAGCUGGAUCCAAGAACAAACCAAAACCUCCGAUUAUCAUCACGCGGGACAGCGCCAACGCGCUUCGAACCCACGUGAUGGAGAUUGGCGACGGCUGCGAUCUAGUCGACAGCGUGGCCACUUUCGCACGCAGACGCCAGAGAGGCGUUUGCGUUAUGAGCGGUACUGGAAACGUAACAAACGUCACCAUACGUCAGCCUGGAUCUCCAUCUCCUGGCUCGGUCGUUAGCCUUCACGGAAGGUUCGAGAUUCUCUCUCUCUCGGGAUCUUUUUUACCCCCGCCGGCUCCUCCUAACGCCACCGGGUUAAGCGUUUACCUCGCUGGAGGACAAGGACAGGUUGUUGGAGGAAGCGUGGUGGGUCCUUUGCUAUGUGCUGGACCUGUGGUGGUCAUGGCGGCUUCUUUUAGCAAUGCGGCGUACGAGAGGCUUCCCUUAGAGGAAGAUGAGAUGCAAACGCCGGUUCACGGAGGUGGAGGUGGAGGAGGAGGAGGAUCGAUGGAGUCGCCGCCGAUGAUGGGAGGACAAAUGCCACAUCAGCAACAAGCUAUGUCGGCUCAUCAAGGGUUACCACCUAAUCUUCUUGGUGGUUCAGCUCAUCAAGGAUUACCACAGCAUGAUAAUCAGCCUUAUUGGUCAACGGGACGACCAUCGUUUUGAUCACCUCGCACCAUCGUAGCUAGCUAUAUGUAUAUUUAUAGCUAGCUAACCGCAGAAUCACGAGUUUAUGAACGAAUAAGACUAUGAACUUAGUCGAGGACGAUCGAGUUUCAUUUAUAUUUGGGUCGACAUGUAUCAGACGAAUCAGGUUUUCUUUUUCCUUUUUUAAUUUCUCUUUUUGGUUCGUUUUAGCUAGUAGAUUUUCUAUGUUGAUUUGAAUAACAUUUUUCUUUGUUUCUUGCUUUUUAUUUGAUGAAUUUCCAUUGGUAGUUUAAAUUUAC